GCGAGUGGGCCGUUCACUUCCGCCCCGCCCGAGGCGGUAGAGUGGGUCCUUGCGGGCGGCGGCGCGCUCCGAGGAGCCGCCAGUGGCGCUGGGCCUGGCGUGCGGGCUGCACCAUGGUCCAGCUCACUCCUCUGCUCCACAAGACCUACCACGGGGGCCACGUAACCAUCCGUCUCGCCCUGGGUGGCUGCACCAACCGGCCUUUCUACCGCAUCGUGGCCGCUCACAACAAGUUCCCCAGGGAUGGCCGUUUCGUGGAGCAGCUCGGCUCCUAUGACCCACUGCCCAACACUCAUGGGGAGAAGCUCGUUGCUCUCAACCUGGAGCGGAUCCGGCAUUGGAUCGGCUGUGGGGCCCACCUCUCUAAACCCGUGGAAAAGCUUCUGGGACUUGCUGGUUUUUUCCCUCUGCAUCCCAUGGUGAUCACAAAUGCUGAGAGGCUUCGACGGAAACGGGCACGUGAAAUCCUCUUAGCAUCUCAGAAGACAGAGACAGAGGCUACAGAGACAGAAGCAAGCUGACUUCAGUGAGCAGAGCAGCAAGAACAAGGUCAAGGUCCUCUUAAAACACUUGUGCAGAGUUCUUUUAUUAGAUUUAGAGGUCAAUAAAUGGAGUUUUCCAUGUCA